CCAUAAGAGCGCUCGGGCGGCGGCGGGCGCUGCGAUGAUGCCGGGCGCGCUGCUGCCGCUGCUGCUGCCGCUGGCCGUGCGGCGCGGCGGGCGCAUGGAGCGGGGCCGCCGCCGCAGCGAGCCCGAGGACACCGACAAGGGCAGGAUGAAGAGAACGAUCAUUAAAGAUUGGAAGACAAGACUGAGCUACUUCCUGCAGAACUCUUCCAAUUCCAACAAAAGGAAGUCUAAGAAGGCGGGGAAACACCGCAACUACUUCAGACCUUCGCCUGAAGAAGCCCAGCUGUGGUCAGAAGCCUUUGAUGAACUGCUUGCCAACAAAUAUGGUCUUGCUGCUUUCCGAGCUUUUUUAAAGUCUGAGUUUUGUGAAGAGAACAUUGAGUUCUGGUUGGCCUGCGAGGACUUCAAGAAAACGAAAUCUCCCCAAAAGCUGACAUUGAAAGCAAAGAAAAUCUACAAUGACUUCAUUGAAAAGGAGGCUCCCAAAGAGAUAAACAUAGACUUCCAGACCAAGAACAUGAUCGCACAGAACAUCCAGGAAGCCACCCAUACCUGCUUCAGUGUGGCGCAGAAGAGAGUUUACAGCUUAAUGGAGAAUAACUCCUACCCGCGGUUUUUGGAAUCGGAAUUCUACCAGGAACUGUGCAAGAAGGCACCUAUCAGCAGAGCAGCCCAGGGCACAUGAGAGAUGGAGAGGAGGGAGAAGCAACCUCUGGGCUGGCGAGGAAGCCGAGCCACAGCUCGUGAGCAGCAUCCUGGCCCAGAAGGCUGGGGCACCAAGCGCUCAGUCUGUAUGCCACAGUGCAAGGACAAAUACUGACUGGGUGCAGAGCUGGUGGCCCAGAGUGACGCUGUUGGAGGGUGUUCAGGGGAGGUGGCAGAAGCGUGCCAGCCAGCUGCUGGCACUGCCCUUCUCUGCCGGUGCUGCAGCGAGAGGUGGCUGUGCAGGAGCCCUUCUGUCACGGCCGAGGAGCGAUGUGGCAGGUCCGGACAGAGCUUCCUUCUUGUGAGCAGGAGCUGCUCUCUGCACUUGGGCUCUGCUGGGAGCUUGAGUAAUUGGUCGCCUAUUUAUUUUUCCUAAACAUCCCCCAGCGGGAUGCUGUUGUCAGUGGCUCGGUGUGCUCACACCGGUUCUGUUACUGCCUCGAGCUGCCAAGAGCUGUGCUGGGUUUCUGUGUAACCUCUUCACAGUAACAGCACUGUGAGGGGAGGAAAGGAUAGAAUAACUCAGUUCCCAGAGGAACAGGUUCUGCAGCUAAAGUAUGCAGGGCUGGGUUGUGUCAGCAGGGCUGUUGGGGCCAGACUGAGGGCAGAUCUUGGCCAAGGCGAGCAGGAGCUGUAUAGUUUUAUAUUUAUAUGUGGAUUAUGAUCGUGUUGAAUGCUGCAAUGUCAUAAUUCUGUCUUGAAGACAGCAAGCUUCAAUGAAGUUUUAUUGUUUUUAAUAAACUAUUUUGGUACAAAGCU